AUGCUGAAACUCUUGCUCUUUGUUGUGGCGGUUGUGGUUUCGUUCGUUGUAUACAGGCGAUGGCUUCAUCCUCUGUCCCACUUCCCCGGUCCGUUUAUGGCAUCGGCAUCCGGUCUGUACCAAACCUACUGGAGCUUCCGACCGGAUAUGCCAAACAACUUUAUCAAGCUUCAUGAGAAAUACGGUAGAUUCACCAAAAAUUACAAGAAAUUUCGUCGUCCAUCUUCCCACCGUACUGACUCAACGACUACUGCCGCAGGACCGAUUGUGCGGUACAGCCCCAAUGGCCUUAUUUUCAACGACCACGAGCUCCUUGCCGUGGCGUACGGUCGACGGGCAGAUAAAUCCGACUUCUUCGCCGCUAAUUUUGACAGUGAUGCGACCUUUAAUCUGCAGAAAUACGAAGAUCAUGUAGCCAGUAAAAAGGCCAUUGCGACUGCGUACUCGGACCAGAACCUCCGACUGUUUGAGCCUAGCUUGGAUAAGCUGCUGACUCGCUGGCUGGAGCUUUUGCACCAGGGAACGACACAGGAUGAUAGCGUUGACCUCUAUGAGCGCGCAGGCUGGCUGGCGAGCGAUGCCGUGAGUCUGCUUAUUACCGGCAAGGCUCUAGGUUUCAUCGAAUCACAGUCCGACGUGCGGAAUCUGCUUCAUAACAAGGACAACACCUUUGACUGGCAGAAAUUUCUCGCCAUCCAGGAAAAUGUCUCUUGGUAUGUGCGCAACACAUGGCUCGGAAGGAACUUGAUCAUGGCUCGCCCCACCGAUAAGUCUGGCGUUGGAGUAUUCAUGAAGGAGAGAGACUGCAUCAUUGCUUCGGCAAUAGACAAAAAUGGGCAUUUGAACAGAGGCGCACUGGUCGAGGGAAGCCUCCUGAGCUCCUUGCUGGAGUCGCACUUUGCUGGCAAUGGCAUGUCGUUGAAGGACAUUGGAGCCGAGAUCCUUUUCGCUCUGCUCGCCGGGUCUUCUGUGACCCCUCUCAACCUCUGGACAGUGAUUUUUCUCAUUUCCAAGGACAAGUCAGUCCAGGAGAAGCUCAGCCUCGAGCUCAAACACGCCGAGCGCCUCGGCACGAUCCCGUCCAAAGCCCACAUCACGUCCAACGAGAAAGCACAGAGCCUCCCUUAUCUGCAUGCCUGCAUCCAAGAAGCGCUCCGCUUCGCGCCGACCGUCUCGCAGCUCCCGCGGCUGUCUCCGCGAGACACGGGACAGGAGCUGCACGGAAAAUAUGUCCCUCCUGGCGUUUCCGUGUCCACAAGUCCUUGGGUCAUGGGCAGGAGCAAGGUGCUGUACGGCGAGGACGCAGGCAUCUAUCGGCCGGAGCGCUGGCUGGAAGUGUCCACGGAAAAGCGACGGUACUGGGAGAGGCACGGGUUUCACUUUGGCUACGGGGGCAGAAAGUGUGCGGCAAGACGGUUUGCGCUUGCCCAGCUGCAUAAGAGUGUUGCUGAGCCUACAGUGGAGGAGCGAAUCCCGCAGGGUCACUUUGGCUCGAGCCUCUUCCCCAGCUACCCAUGCCCAGACUUCACAACUGGCCACAACACACUGGCGCAGGGUAGCAGAGGCGCAAGCUACCGGAGGCGCAAUGCAAUGUAUCGGAGGCGCAAUGUAUCGGAGGCGCAAUAUAUCGGAGGCAGAUGGCGAUGCGCCAAUGACAGGAACCUCCGACAGCCCGUACGACUCGGACAAGUCUGGCGCCGCGCCUUUUCGACAGUACUGCUGCUAUCAAGGUAA